AUGCGCAGGAGGGCAGGUGGCUGCCGGCUUGUGCUGUGCCGGUACCACCGCGGGCAGCCCGGCGUCCUCAUGGUGCUGUGUCAGGGCGGCGAGGCCGCCGCUGUUCCGGCAGCGGGCGGGAAGGAGCCGGAGGUGCCGCUGAGCCGGGAGGACGAUGCGGGUACAGGGCAGCCUUGCCUCUGCCCGGCGCCCGGCGUGGAGGCAGCGGGCGCCGAAGAGCGCCGCGGUUGUAGCUGCUGCUCGGGCUUGUCCUGGCCGCGCUGCUGCAAGGCACCUGGAACAAAGAAGAAAGCUGCAUGUCCAGGACUUGGUCUGUUUUAUACCGUACUGUCUGCCUUCCUUUUCUCAGUGGCCUCUUUAUUUCUUAAAAAAAUAGAAGAUGUACAUUCAGUGGAAGUGAGUGCAUUUCGAUGUAUUUUCCAAAUGGCAUUUGUUCUUCCUGGGUUAAUAUACUACAAAACAGGGUUUUUGGGACCAAAAGGUAAAAGAGUUUUUCUUUUCUUCCGAGGAUUCCUUGGCUCUAGCGCAAUGAUUCUUCUCUACUAUGCUUACCAAGUCAUGCCACUAGCUGAUGCCACCGUUAUAACUUUUAGCAGUCCUGUUUUUACAUCAUUGCUGGCAUGGAUCUUUCUCAAAGAGAAGUACAGUAUUUGGGAUCUUCUUUUUACCCUCUUUGCCAUCACUGGAGUGAUUCUUAUUGCCAGACCACCAUUUCUGUUUGGGUCAAACGUUACAGGGAUUGAAGGAAGUUACACAGAGCACCUUAAAGGAACUAUAGCAGCAAUUAUCAGCACAGUAUCUGCAGCUUCGACUUUUGUUAUACUAAGGAAGGUGGGAAAAUCCGUGCAUUAUUUUUUGUCAAUUUGGUAUUAUGCUGUCAUUGGUUUAAUUGGAUGUGUUAUAGCAUUGUUUGUUAUGAAUGAAUGGCAUUUACCACACUGUGGUAAAGAUAGGGUUCUUCUAAUAUUAAUAGGCUUGUUAGGGUUAGGGGGUCAGAUAUUUCUCACAAAAGCAUUACAGAUAGAGAAAGCUGGACCUGUAGCCAUAAUGAAAACAAUGGAUGUGGUGUUUGCUUUUAUUUUACAAAUUCUUUUUCUCAAUCAUCUGCCAACUUGGUGGACCGUAGGUGGUGCCCUUUGUGUAGUAGCGAGUAGUUCUGGAACUGCUAUUCGUAAGUGGCGACAAACCUUGAAGAAAGCUAAAGAAAAUGAAAUCUAACAAUGCGGACACUAAUUCAUUACAAAAACAAGCAAUUUUGAAAUAUAUAUACACAAUAUUUAUUUUUAUUUAUUUUAAAUAUAUCAUUUACCAAAUUGUAGUACCAGAUUAUAGGCAAUAAAUUGAUUUUUUUUUUUUUAAAACAAAAUCGAAGAUGUGUUAACAACUGAUUAGGUAUAUACUUUUCUUUCUCAUACUUAGGCAUGCAAAUAUGAGAAGUAGAAAAAAUUUUGAAAGUUGCUUGCUUCCUAUCAAAAGUGGACAAUAAUUUUUUGGCUUUUAUUUUCCUAAAACUCCUGAUUCAGUUCUUAGACCCUUUCUCUGUUCUUCUGAGCAGUAGAAAUCAGUCUCCCAGGCUUAUUUAAUACUGUUCUGUGCUUGAUUAGCAGAGGGAUUGCAGUACAAAAGUUAGAAGUGAAAAAAGAGUUAUAAUCCUAUAAACAUCCAACUUUUAUGGAACAGAUAAAACUUGUGCAUUUACAAGCUUUCUAUUUUUUUUUUUCCCACACAAAACAGAUGCCAAAUGGGGAUUUAUUUUUAAUUUGGAUUCUGAAAGAAGAAAGGCUAUUUUGUCUUUCCAAAUUAUAUCAAGAGAAAAUUAACUUGUGAAAAUUAUCUUCAGCUUUACUUUCUUUUAAAAAGAAUUUUAAAUAUUUGCACUUGCUUGAAAGACAUAAUGAAAUAACCUAAUCCCUCUUUUUUUUUCUUUUUUUUUUUAACAUGACUUUCCCAAUAAGCGUGUCUUUAGUUGCUGCAGUCUCAAUGAUGAGAGACAACAGUUAAUUAUAUACCACUCGUAAAUUAGCCAUUUCUUGUGGUAUGGAAUGUUAUGCUGUAGCUGCACUUUUCUUUAUUCUAUGCAAAAGAUUAUAUUUUUUAGGUAUUUAAUACAGGUUAUUUUAAAUGCUGCUUAUGACCCUUUUGUUUAGAUUCUUCUGUACAAAAGUUCUUUAUGAGACCAAGUUUAAGUCUUGGCCUUCAUGAAGUUAGGAGGAUUUACCACAAAGCUUUUGCCUGUUUCCUAAGAAUUUACAAGAGUGCAGAGUAAUUGCAGUUUCACAGAAAAUGUAGGUUGGCCAAGGUAGUAGCAGAGAUUCUACAGAACAGGUUUGGGGAGAGCUUGAUGGCAGAAUGGAGCUACGCGUAAACGUCUCGUGAUGUGGAGGCAUCCACACCACAUCAGGCAGUGCUAGUGGGCAGCUUCAGCCCCAUUUUUCUAGCUGGCCUUUUUAAAUCUGCAUUUAGUCACUUCUCUCGCACAUCUUCUCACUUCCGUGGGCUUUAUCGUAAUAGCAAUAAAUACUAAGAAAAAAAGGCUUGUGUUAUUUAUCUUAGCAUCCUUCAUGUUUGAGGAGGAAUAUACAUUUAGUGUCAGAUAAGGGUAUUUUCCCACAUGGAGUCUUAAUGUACUUCUGGGUCCUGUCAGUAGUGCUAGAAGAAGAUUUUAACUUGGAUCUUUAUUUGGUCCUUUGUAUCAUGAGGAGGUUUUCAGUUAUUUACUCAUUCUAGUGUUUUUCUAAAAGAGAAUGCUGUGCCUUUUUUUCUUUUUUUUCCCUCCCCAAAAUCACUAAAGGUGGUGGAUGUUUUCUUAUUUUGAUUUACAGAUGUCUAGUCACAUACCUUUUCUUUUGCCAAUAAGCAUUGCAUCCUAGCAGGGCAGAUCCUGGAACUUGAGUCCUGAAAGACUGGAAUGUGUGUAGUACUUUGAGAUGUGUCUGGAUGUGAGAAGCUCUCUUUGUGCAAGAUCCUGUAUGUAAACCAGCACCCUGAAUCUGUAUAUGUUUAUGGACAUGAGCAGAUUUCACUUGAGUGAUAGAAUCAGAUCAUGCUUAUAGCAUGCAUUCCUUGCUUCUCGUGAAGGCUGAAGUUCAGCUACUGCUGACAAGGUCAGGAGUAGUAUGAAACUGCUUUCGCAUCUCUUUAAAGCCUGAUGUAAUAAUAAAAUUCCAGUUUGGCACCCAUUUUACUUAAUACUUGAAAUUGUAAUCUGGAAUUGUUUCUUAUGCUGCUCAGCCAUCAUUGGUGUUGAGCAACUGCUUUCAGGGAGGGAAGGAAAAUAGACAGCGUUUUUUAUUGCUUCACUUCAUGUUUAAUAUGCAUGUGUUUGAAUUGACACAAAGGUGUGGUUCCAAAGCAGAUCAGACUGAUGUAAACUUGGGUUGUGAGCUAGUCCUGCUCCCUCCCACUGGCUCAGUGCUCAUGGUUAUGUGGUGAGCUAGCCCUGGGAGCUGAUCCAGCUGUGUAACUUUUUAGUGGGUGGUUGGAGAGGGCAAAACCAGAGUAGCCUGAACUUGAUGACAGUGUGAAAACAUUAGGAAGGGGAAUUAGAUAGUAGUUUAAAUUACAGCUUAUGAAUGCUGCUUUGUCAGUACAUAAUAAAAAUAAUGUGGAAGCUUACAUCGAAAAAAUCUUUAGGUCGUAUGAUUUCAAUGAAACUUGUUUACAGUUAGUGGAGAAGAACAGGCAGCUGAAGAAAUGACUCUUUUCUUGCCCUUAACACGUAAGUAAGUGUAGAAAAUAAGCUGACCUGAAACCAACAACUCGAUACAGUGAUUGGUAAUUUUUCUCUCAAGUUCUUGCAGAAACUUUCAUUAUAUUUUCAUAUAUGUAGUGCCAAGCCCCCCAGAUUAUUUAUUUUUUACUUUGUCCAAACCUAUAGGGUUUCCUUAUGGCUUCACUUAUUUCCUGUUGCUGUUCCCAAACCUUCCUAAAUAUUUAAGUUAUUUGAGUAAUAAUCUACACAAGAUCUAUGUUGGAGAACACUAGUUUUUGGAAAAUUAUUUUGAUUUUGAUCAAUGUGUUACAGAAUUACUCAACUUGUAUGAGAACGAAGGACUUGACUAGGGCUUCUCUAGUCAUAAAGCAUGACAAGCUAGCUUCUGUAACUAGCUUUUCUAGGUGAUACUGGGAAUGGAAGACAUUUAAGCUUAUUUUUUUUUCAACCACCUCAAUUUUUGGUUUUUUUUUCUUCCUCUCAAAUGUAGAUUGCAAACCAAAAUUUUAGUUGGAAGCCAUGAAGGAGAAUGAAAUGAUACAAAAGUAUGGAUACUGUAAAAUGUUGUGGGUUUUUAGGAGAAUCUGAAAUGAAACUGGCUGAGCCUUGAAUCUUUCAGAUUCUGGUGUGUCUUUUUUUCUCGACAAUUUCUACUUUUGAAAUUUUUUUUUAGCUUUAAGUUUCAAUACUGCAAGUUUCUCAGGGUCAGAUGUUACUUUUCUCAGCUUUGCGUCAAAAACAUAAUGUUAAUGUUUGUCGCCUGUAGUAUCCUGUUGUGAUCUUUACAGUAUUUUUAAGUUCUAUAAAUGUACUUUUCUGAUAGGAAGUCCCUCCUUUGUAAUAUGAUGGAAUAUUGUUGCAACUGCUAUGCUAUGAAGUUAUUUCUCUUGAGUUUCAAUGUAUGAAUUCAAUGUACUGAUUUCAGUGGAUCCUGAAUAGAAAGAGUAAUAAUUAAUUAUUGGUUGUUUUACACAUAAACACAGGGUAAAAAAAUUUAGCGAUGCAUUGGUAACAACAAGCAUAUUUCUUGUGUUCUUUACUAUGCAAAACACUAUAAUCAUCUGUCGUCCUCGGUGGGACUUAGAAGCCUUAAGCCUUAUAUACCCAACUCUUCUAUAGAAAGCUAAUGGCUGAAAAAAGCUUUGUACUGUCACUGUGCAGCAGCCAAUUUCUUCAGGUUAAGUUGGUUGUCAAAGUAUGCUCUAAAAGCUCUCUAAAUACAUCUACACUAAGAAUUUGACAAGUUCAUUGUGUAGAUAAGAGCAGUCUACCUAGUUAAAAUGGAUUUCCUCUGUUUGUCUAACACCAGGUGAGAAGUAACCUCAGCAUAACAGCACUGGUGAAAUAACUAGUUCAAUGUGUCAUUUUUCUUCUGAAACCUGAAAAUAGGGUCUUUCCCAGCUCCAAAAACUGUUCUAAGAUGUCAGUUCCUGUAAUUGAUAAUGACAAGAUGGAUAAUACUACCCUUGAUCAUCAUUUAGUAUGAAUACUUCCUCCCAGUUUUUUCUCUUCCUUGAUCUUUUGUUCAAGAGCUGUCUGUGAGAAGACAGUUUAUUUCUAGAGAGGCAGCCUUUAAAAAAAGUCACUUCCUUGCUAACUAGCAGUAGUUAACCAGGAAGAGUCUGUUUUCCAGUUCUCUAACCAUGGUAACCAUGGUAGUAGGCUUAUCUGUGGCAUCAGUCCCACAAGGGUAGUAGAACCACAACCUCUGUCCCUGCAUGAAUUCAGGAUUGGCAAUGUUGACAACAGAUGUGCAACACUGACAUCAGCAGGACAUUGCAGUUACUGGCAGAAUGUUUUUGUGGUCAUAACUGCCUGUCCAUCCAAAGAAACGUUGUGGCUUUAUGUUCCUGCAGAUGCAGGUAACUUCAGGUGGAACAUACAUAGACUUCUAUGAUGAUAACACUUCUGUAUAUCAGAAUGAGUAAUUUCAUAUGUUGUUUGAGUUAAUGUUUGACAAAAAGGGGGUAAAAAUACCCUAAAGUAAUUAAAGGAUUUUUACUAUGUCCUAUAUAUUGCUAAAUAUAUGUUGGAUGAUACGUUUUGUAGAAGUUACUGGCUUUGUUAUGUAGUAGUAUAUUUUUAUAGACAAUUCUUACAUAUUGAAAUGUUAAGAAUAUUUUCGUAAGAAAUUUAUAUUCAUCAUUGCUAAUAAAAUGAACCCGAAGAAUUAAUCUCUGGUUUUGCAUUGAUUAUUAGAACACAUUUUGAAUGAAGUGAUUGUAAAAGAUUUAUGAAAGAACUGUUAAUCAAACAGUCCCUGUUAAAUAGGAACAUAUACAUCAAAUUCUGUUGUUGUUAACAUGCUGCAUCACUUGUUAUGCCUUGCAACAAGCUAGAGGAGAAAAGAAGCUCCAUCAGCUUCCAUGCAGCAGUUUCUUAACUGGAAGCACUGUGGCAUUGUGAGGUCAGUAAAGAUAAAUUUUCCAGUG